UGAUUUGACAUUUAGUUGACGUUUGUAUUAUUAUUUUUAUUUUAUCAAAAUUCCAAAUUGCUUGUUGGUCAUCAAUCAAGUUGAGUAUGCAUAAGGCGAAAAAGAAAACCAAGAAGAAGAAGAAGAAGCAGAAGAGAAAAACUUCUAUGCUAUGUUAUCCCACGAUCACUCCAUUUCCUACCAUAACGCAUGUUGAAAAUGGAAAUCUGAUAUUAACAGAAGAUUACUUUGAUUCGUUUUAUGAUAAUUGUGGUAAUCGUUGUUGCAUAAGGCGAUUUACUUGGAAAAAUCAUAACAAUAUCCAAGUUCAGCUGAUCAACUAUGGGGCACGUGUAGUUUCAAUUAAAUUACCAAGUUUGGAUGGAACCGUUCAGGAUAUUGUUAUUGGAUACGACGACCUUAGCAGUUACACUUACUACAAGCAUCACAAGAUUGGAGCAACGUUGGGCAGAAUGUGCACCAAAAUACGAAAUGAGCCAUUAUUAAUUAAUGAAAUUCCUUAUUCGCUUCAGCUCAUGGAUAGAAAGAGUUACGUAGCAGAGGGAGAUCCAUUUGGAUUUGAUAAAACAAUUUGGAAAUCGUAUGUGCAAGAUUCAAAGGUAAUAAUGAGUUACAUUUUCCAAGACAUGGAGCAAGGCUAUCCUGGCAAUCUGUUUGUUAAAAUUACUUUUGAGUUAACACCCAAAAAUGAAUUUAAUGUUGAUGUUGAAGCUAUUACUGACAAACCAACGAUUGUUAAUAUUUCAAAUAACAUUUACUUCAAUCUGUGCGGUCACGGCAGCGGACCAGAACAUUUGAAGAAACACAGAGUAUUCAUCAACGCAAAGAAUUUUUUCCCCAAUGGAAAAGAUGGAAUUCCCACCGAAAAGGCUGUGAGUGUAAUAAAUUCUGUGUAUGACUUUCAAAUUCCUAAGAAAAUCCAGUCUCUCAUUCCCUCAGAGGGUUCACAAGAACUUAACCAAACUUUUUGUAUCAAUCAAGCAGAUGAAGGCCGUAAUGAAUUUGUUGCAAGUGCUUGGCAUCCUUCAAGUGGAAGAAUGUUAGAAGUAUAUAGUAACCAACCGGGGCUAAAUUUCUCUAUAUUGGGAAAACUGGUUGGCAGCAAAAUAAUAGACGACUAUCUAGCGAAAAGUCAAAAAUCAGAAGAUGAAGGUGAUACAUGUAGAUUAGACGAACAGAUGCAAGUCUUAUCGCACAUUUAUCAUAAGAUGGUUGACGCUAAGAUGGCAGAAGAAGGUGUACGAGUAAAUGAAUUCAAGGAGCUUUUCGAGUACGUUUGCAAAGAUAUGAACCUAUCAAACCUUCCCCCAACGCCGCUUAAUACUCCAGAUUUUCUUUCAUAUACGGACUUUUCCCAACCGCUGUAUAUGGAGCAAAAAAUUCCAACAAAUGUAACAUUAACUCCUUCUCAAGAAAAAUUCCUUCAAGACGUUGAGUUCUAUAUUGCAUCGACAUACAGCGAAACAAAUUACGAGACUCUACGAGAAACAGUGCAGAAUGUACUGAAUAGAUACUACGUCCAACAAGAACUCCAACAUAUGAUGGAAGUCGCUGGAAGUUUAUCUUAUAGACAGAAACAAGAGGAAGAAGAAGAGGAAGAAGAACAAGAGGAAGAAGAAGAGGAAACAGAAAUGGAACAAUCGGAAGAAAUGCCGCCCACUUUACUUGAAAAGGAAGAGCCCCCGCCACUAGGGAAAAACGAAGCAAAUUACAAACCUCACGGAGCAAUGUGCUUCCGUACCCAAAAUCAUCCUAAUGAAAUAGUUAAAAAUUGUUUACUAAAUCCUGGGGAGAUCUACAAACACACCAUCAGCUACAAAUUUUGGUUGAAGGCAUCGAAAUCAAAAAAAUAUUGGAAAGAAAACAUGACCAACGAUCUCAGACCAGUGUGCAAACCUUAAUUUUGGAUCC